AUGUAUACAUUAGAACAAUUACAAAGUUUAUGGAAUAAAGGAAAAUACAUUCAAGUUUUAAAAGGAAAUAAUGAUUUAUCAAAAUUAGUACUAAAAACAUCAACAUCAUCAUGUGAAAUUUAUAUUCAUGGUGCACAUAUUACAUCAUUUAAAACCAAUUCAGUUGAACAUUUAUUUAUGAGUGAAAAAUCAGGAUUUCAAGAUAUGAAAGCAAUUAGAGGUGGAGUACCAUUAAUAUGGCCACAAUUUGGAAAUGGUAAAAUUCAAACACAUGGUUUUGCAAGAAAUUGUGAUUGGGAAAUUCAUAAAGCAUUAGUUGAUGAAAAAACUCAAAGUGUUCAAAUUGAAUUCCUUUUAAGAAAUAAUGAAUAUAGUGAAAAAGUUUGGAAUUGUAAUAUAACAAGCGGUAAAGAAACCAUUAAUAAUUUUCAUACAAUCUAUCGUGUAACUUUACAUCCAGACUUUUUAGAUUUAGAAUUUGAUGUCAAAAACACCUCAACAUCACCAUCGUCAAAUGAUAAUAUUUUAGAAUUUCAAUUAGCAUUUCAUACAUAUUAUCAAAUUUCAAAUAUUGAAAAUGUUUAUGUUUUAGGUUUAGAUGGUAGAGAGUAUAUAGAUAAAAUGAAUGGUCAUAAGAUAACUAAAGAGGUGAAUGAUAAAGUACAAAUUUCAAAUGAAACUGAUAGAGUUUACUUAAAUGUUGUACCAACUCAAAGUAUUGGAAAGAAUUAUCAACCAUUACAAUUGAUUGAUAAUGGUAGUAAAACUUCAAUUACUCUAACCUAUGAUUAUCAAAGUAUGCCAGAUGUUGUUGUUUGGAAUCCAUGGAUUGAAAAAUCAAAGAAAAUGGAAGAUUUUGGUGAUAAUGAAUAUCAAAAUAUGAUUUGUAUUGAAAUUGGUACUAUCAAUACUCCUGUAAAAUUAUCACCAAAUCAAUCAUUCCAAACUAAACAUUCAAUAUUACCUUCAAAUAAAUCUUCAUUAUAA